AUGCGAACUUGCAGGCAAGCGAAUUCGCUGUCAUAUCACGUCCCUAAGAUGUCCCUCACACCUUCGAAGCAGACUGCAGCUGCUGAAGAUGCUCCGACUGUCAAGAAGAGGCCAAACCCAUCCGAUUCUAAUUCGCGACCUGCAAAGAAGCAGAAAGUGUACACUUCAGUACCAAGGACACGAAAAGGAGUGAUUGCCAUGAUCCAAUCUUGGGGAUAUGAGAACGUAGAGGAAGCAUCGAAAUGUGCUAUUGGUGGGCUCGCACGAGGUGCACUAAAGAUUGACUUCAAUGCGAAGCUUGAUUCCAUCGCGUGGAAAGGAGUGUGCGAGUAUUGCCAGCAUCCACUUCAAACGACGCUUCGUGCCCUUCUUGACCAGCCUGACAGUGGUAUAGACUAUGAGGAGGGGUCUCCAGGGGCAGCCAUUGUUUGUCCCAAUGCAAGCUGUGGAGAAAGGUAUUAUCUGACUUGCAUGUGCGCAAACGAUGCCUACCCUACCCUCGGGAAAUAUCACAAGCACUGCCGUGAAUGCCCAGGAUUCGGCAUGUGCAUGCCCGAUUGUCGCUUUUCUCACUGCAAUGUGUGCCAUGCCAAAAAAGAAUCGGAAAUGAUGUGGCAGAGCAUUGCAAGAUUCCGAGACGCGAACAAUGCUGGAGGCCUCGGACAAUGA